AGCCAGCGAGAGAUGUUGCGAGCCGGUCCUUCGCGGAGCAAGUACCGAGGAUGAAAGUGAUUGCGUUGUUCCUGGCGGCUGUGUGCCUGGCUCAUGCCACGCAAGUGCCCACCCGUACCGCCGACAAGACGUACCUGAUCAAGCAGAAGAGCAUCUACGAGCUGUUCUGGCAUGUCGACCAGCCGACCGUCUACCACCCGGAGCUCUACCAAAAGGCGCGAUCCUUCAACCUCGAAAACAACAUCGCUUCUUUCACGGAUCAGGCGGUCGUGACCGAGUUCCUGCAGCGAUGGAAGCAUGGAAUGCUCCCACGGGGAGAAAUUUUCACUGUGAGAGUCAUGCAAAAUUACAAGGAUGCGAUCAGGCUAUUCCGCGUUUUCCACACCGCCAAGGACUUUGAUACCUUCUACAAUACCGCCGUAUGGGCUCGCUUCCACGUGAACGAACAAAUGUACAUUUACGCGUUGAGCGUCGCCGUCUUGCAUCGCCCGGACACUAAGAACAUCCGUCUGCCCCCGGCUUACGAGGUGUUCCCUCAGUAUUUCUUCAACGAGGAAGUCAUACAUAAGGCCUAUCGCAUCGCAAUGGGAGAUACACAAUCGGUUGGCAUGAAAAAAACCGUCGGGGGUGUGGAUCAUUACUACAUUCCUGCUAACUACAGCGGCUGGUACAUGGUGUACAAGCAAGCUCCGGAACAGCAAAAAUUAAGCUACUUAACCGAGGAUGUUGGCUGGAACGCUUUCUAUCUCGCAAACUCCCAUGAGUUCCCGUACUGGAUGAACACCGCUAAAUUCAACAUGCUCCAGAACGUCCGUGGUGAAUUGUAUAUGUACAUGCACAAGCAGUUGCUCGUCCGCUACUAUAUGGAGAGACUGUCGAACGAUCUCGGCGAGAUCGAUUACGUCGACGUGCACAAGCCUAUUGUUCCCGGUUACUAUCCGACGAUGCAACAUCACAAUGGACUGCCACUUCCGCAACGUCCUGUUGAUUACAAUAUCCCUCUUCAUGCGUACAAAGAUAUUCAGGCGCUGGACGAUUCCCACAAUCGCAUCUCUAACGCCAUCGACAGCGGCAAUCUCAUCGACAUGAACGGCAAACAAAUCAAAAUUUACGAAACUAUGGACGGUCUCAAUCAUCUCGCCAACGUGAUCCAAGGUAAUGCCGAUUCCGUCAAUCCCAUGUACUACGGACGCAUAGAUCCGAUGUACAGGAAGAUCCUUGGCAUGAGCCCGGUAACUACCACCAAGCACAACAUCGUCCCUACCGCUCUCGACAUGUUGUCCACCCGCAUGAGAGAUCCCGUGACCUACGGAAUGUACAAGAACAUCGUCACUUACUGGAUGAGAUACAAGCAACACUUACCGAAAUACACGUACGAGGAACUCGCCUUCCCGGGAGUAACGAUCGAAUCCGUCACUGUCGACAAACUGAUGACAUUCUUCGAUCAAUUCGAGUCGUUGCUCAACAAUGCCGUGUCCGUGCGCAGCCACAAGGAAGCGCAGUCGAUGCUGAUCAAGGCUCGUCAGUAUCGUCUCAACCACAAGCCCUUCACCUAUCACAUCACGGUCAACAGUGACAAGAAUGUCAAGGCGAUCGUUCGCGUUUUCAUUGGACCGAAAUACGACGUUCACGGUCACGAAUUGGACAUGAGCGAGAACUACAUAAACUUCAUGGAGAUGGAUCAAUGGACCGUCGACCUGAAAACCGGUGCCAACAAGAUCGAGCGCAACAGCCACGAGUCCAUCUACGUCGUUCCCGACGAGGUGUCAAGCGACGCCCUGUACAAGAAGAUGGUGAAGGCUCUCGAGGGUGGCGAGGCCUUCACCUAUCCAGGACAGCCUUACGGUCUCCCUGAACGUCUGAUGCUUCCUAGGGGCAAGAAGGAGGGCAUGCCAUACAAGUUCUUCGUAGCUGUGUCGCAUUUCGAUGAGACGGCGGCCAUAGAGAUGGAUACUCCCGUCUGGGGUCCCAGCGUGGUGGACAGUCGUCCCUUAGGAUAUCCACUUGACAGACCGGUUUCCUUCAACUUCACCGUACCCAACUUCUACACCAAGGACGUUCUGAUUUUUCACAAACAGAUGGAGGAAUUGAAUCUCACUGCGUGUAUAAAAGUGCCUGCGCCGCUUCGUGCGUCGCACAGAAUUCUCGACUCGGGACACAUCGGGAAUAGCUUUUGCGAGAAGAUGCAACUCCUGACGGCACUGGCCGUCGUCGCGGCUCUUUUGGGUCUGGUAGCGGCUGAUUACAAAACCGUCAAGGUCGCCGACAAGGAGUUUCUCCUUAAGCAGAAGAAGAUCUACAAUCUCUUGUAUCACAUCUCGCAACCCUCCCUCGUAAAUCCUGCCCAGUACGACGAAGGCCGUUCGUACAAUAUCAAGGCCAACAUCAACAAUUACACUAACACGACUGCGGUGAAGAACUUCCUCUAUUUGUACGAAUAUGGCGUGUCUCCGCGCGGCGAGGUCAGCUCCCCAUACUAUGAAAAGAACCUGAAGGAAAUGGAGGCGUUGUUCUAUUUAUUCUAUUACGCCAAGGACUUCGACACCUUUUUCAAAACGGCGUCAUGGGCGCGCAUUAAUAUGAACGAGAUGACAUACACUUAUGCUUUCUAUAACGCCGUUAUACGUCGCGAGGAUACCAAAUUCCUGCAGCUACCACCUAUUUACGAGAUGAAUCCGUACUUGUACUUCAAUUCCGAAAUACUGCAGAAAGCGCAUCACGCGAAAUUCUUCGGUAAACUCGAUUCAAAGAAGUUUGGUAGCUACGAUACCUACAUCAUCCCGGCGAAUUACUCCGGAUGGUACAUAUCGCACGACCACGAUGUAGAGCACAAGCUCAAUUACUUCACCGAGGAUAUCGGCUGGAAUGCCUACUACUUCUACUUCCGAUUGGACAAUCCGUUCUGGCUCAAGAGCAAGGAAUUCGGGUUGCAGAAAUGGCGCGGCUCGGAAUAUCUUUACGGUCAUAAACUGCUGAUGACUCGUUACUACUUGGAACGGCUGUCCAACAAUGUCGGUAAAAUGGAGGAUUUCGAUUGGCACACUGAAUUCUACACCGGAUACUAUCCGACGAUGACCUAUCACAAUGGACUGCCGUUGCCGCAGAGACCUCACUCGAGCAAAUUUCCCUCCUAUGAGUACCCUUACAUAAAGGACUUGGACGACAUGGAAUCUCGAGUUUCGGCCGCCAUCGAUUCCGGAUUUAUCGUGGACGCAAACGGCAAAUUUAUAAAAAUCUACACGCCCGAAGGCCUCAAUCUCCUCGGCAAUCUCAUCGAGGGUAACGCGGACUCCUGCAACCGCGACUUUUAUGGCAGCAUCGAUUUGUUCGCGAGGAAGGUCCUCGGAUCCAAUCUGAAACCGUCAACAACCCAUCAGAUUAUACCUAGUGCUCUCGAGUUUUACAGCACGUCUAUGAGAGAUCCCGCAUUCUAUCGUUUUUACAAGAGAAUAUUCAAAUCCUAUUAUUACAGAUACAAACUGCAUCAAAAACCGUAUGACAAGAAUGAUAUCAUCUAUCCCGAGCUAAAGAUCGAGUCCUUCACCGUGGAUAAAUUGAUCACCUUUUUCGAUCAAUUUGACACCUCGAUCAACAACGGUUUGAUCAUUGAUAAUCUCAAGGAGGCCGAGAACACGUUGAUCAAAAUCCGUCAGCACCGUCUCAAUCAUAAGCCAUUCAGCUUCCAUCUUGUAAUCAACGCCGAGAAGCCGAUGAAAGCCGCCAUACGUAUUUUCCUCGGACAGAAGUUCGACAUUGAUCAUAAACCGGUGGAUAUUGCUAAUAGAGGAAAAUACUUCUAUGAAAUGGACAACUGGAUAGUCGAUCUGAAUGCCGGCGCAAAUAAGAUCGUCCGAAACAGUGAAGAUUGCUCUUUCGUCAUGCCUGAUCCGGAACCGAGCGAGGUCUUCUACAAGAAAGUACUCAAGGCGUUGGACGGUUCCGACACUUUUUCGUACACGGAACGACUCUACGGAUUCCCUCAACGUCUGCUCCUGCCGAAGGGCAAAAAAGAGGGCAUGCCCUUACGAUUCUUCGUCUAUGUGAGUCCGGUCGAGGGAGAACUGCAUCCCUACGAGUCUCGUGUCUUCGGCGCCUCUGAAUUCGACAACAAACCGCUCGGAUUCCCGUUGGAUCGACCUGCCGUCAACUUCCGCUACGAUGGUCCGAACAUGAUGGUGAAGGACGUUUUGAUCUAUCACAAGGAUGAGACGGAGCUGAAUGUCACUUAUUAAGACCUGGCUGCUUGCGCUACUUAACUCUCCGAUUAUUCGAUUCAACAUAAUCAUAUAUUCGAGACUAGAUGUAUCUGUGAAAAAAUAUAUAUAUUUUGUAUAAUUUGUUAAUAAAGAUUUUCAGAGAUUUUAUAAUUAUACCUUAAAUUUUUCUUUAUACGAAUCUUUAUAUGAAUAACAGUAGAAAUGUUUUUGGUGUGAAAAUCUCUGAAAAUCUUCAUUAACAAAUUAUACAAAAUAUAUAUAUUUUUUCACAGAUACAUCUAGUCUCGAAUAUAUGAUUAUGUUGAAUCGAAUAAUCGGAGAGUUAAGUAGCGCAAAAUUAUUGUAAAAAUGAAAUAAAACACGAUAUUUUUUUAGAGCUUUAA